AAUACAUUUGCCUAUGAGGUGUUGGAGUGGUAAAAUUGCAAUGUUUGGCCACUAAAUACACUACAUGUUCGCUUUUGUUUGAUGAUUAUCAUUCUUCUUCUUAAGAAACCCAAGAGUAAAGAUUUUCAUUCUGUAAAAUUCAUCUUCAAUCUCCUAACAAAACCCCCAUCUUCAAUUUUCUGUCAUAAUCUUCUUUAUUUUUCAUCUGUUCUUGGUACUUUUUGAGACCAAAAAUGAGAAUCAGAAAGCAUUGGAAGCCUCCCUCUCCUCCGCCUAGCUCAAUGGGUUCAUCAAAUAAUCUCCUGCCACAUGAAGAAGUGCCAGAGGUUUCAUCAGCAGUUGUUCAUACAUGCGCUACCUGGAGUACCAUUUUUUGGGCGUGCCAAUUAUCAGAUGCACCAGAUGAACAGUCUGAUAACAGAGGAACUUUAAGGAGAAGAAAAAAAAUAAGAGUAGCUGAAUUUGCCCAACGGAUUAUGGCUUCAUUAUCUCGUAAUCAAGAUGAAACGCCUGCACUGACGCAAAGGAAGGUGUGCAACUUCUUUAUCAAAAAGAGUUGCAGGAUGGAAAGACCUAAAUGCACCAGUAAUCGGAUAACACAGGUUGAGGGACAGGCAAGAGGUCUGCAUCCCUCGGGUACGGUGUUCACUCAGGGCGUGCAGAACAAAGAAAAGCUAUCUAGUUUCAAAUUUGAAGGAGAACCUGCACAGAAGAAAUCGAAGGUGUGCAACUCUAGCAACAACAAAGAAAUGCCAUUUACUUCCGAAUUUGAUGUGGAAGACAAUGAGGAAAGGAAGAAGAGAAGGAGAAAGUCUUACUAAGCCAACUAUAUGGUAAUAACUAAGAGCAUACAGCAACUUUAAGCAACUUCAUUUGGACUGAAACAAAGGUUGCUUCUCUAACUUUUAUGUGUUUCUGAUUC